AUGGCACCAACAUCCACCGACCACAUCCUCAAUCUCCUCCCACGCCAAUCCACUUCCGACUCCGACAGCGGCGGCAGCACAUCGUGCUCAUGUCCAAGCACAAUUGGCGGAGGUGCCGUCGCCGGAAUAGUCAUUGGAUCAAUCGCCGGUACCUUGCUUCUAAUCUGGCUGUGGCGCACAUGCAUGGUAACGUCUGCAAUCAACGAGGCUGAGCAUACAGGGACGCCCGUUGUUGUGGGUAACGGAGGAUACCCCACGAAUGAAGCAACAACGCAUUAUCGGCGGCGAAGAAGACGAAGCCCGACUUAUGAGUACUCGGAGAAGCCGUACCGGAGUCGCAGUGGUGGUGACCGGGGAAGUGUGAGGAGGCCUAGGAGGGUUUACCUCACUUCCUAA